AUGUCCAUGUUCGUUGCUGCCUUCCUGGUCGCUUUUACGCGACAGUGGAAGCUCACCCUUGUUACGGCUACUUCGCUGCCCGUUCUCUUCAUCGGGUUCAAAUCACCUUCGGCCUUGGCAAGGAUCCUGGAGAUAUACAACCGUGCCGGUGGUCUGGUAGAGGAGGCUCUGGGUCCGACCCGCAUCGUGACGGCUUACAAUGCCAGUGCUAAGCUGAGCCGCAAGUACGACGACUACCUGGCCGCUGCGCAGAGGCUCGGCUUCCGCAAGGGUCCCGUCAUCGGUGUCCAGUGGAGUGUGGAGUUCUUCACAAUCUACUGUGCCUACUCGCUUGCCUGGUUCUAUGGUGUAAAGCUGCUUAAUAACGGCGAGAUCGGUGGCGGUGGGCAAAUCAUCUCGGUGCUGCUCGCGGUCCUUUUGGGUACAAAUGCUGCUUUCAACGUGGCCCCAGGGUUCGGUGACUUCGCCAAGGCUUCAGCUGCUGCUCAGGGCAUGUUCAAGGUAGUUGAUCGCAAGUCUGAGAUCGAUCCCCUAGCAGAUAGGGGCGAGCGGCCCGACAAGUGUGAAGGUCUGGUUGAGCUACGCAACGUCAGCUUUGCCUAUCCCUCACGGCCCUCUGUGCAAGUUUUGCGCGACGUUAGCCUCGCCUUCAAGGCUGACCUCCGAUGGCUGCGUGGGAGAAUCGGUCUCGUCCAGCAAGAGCCAGUGCUCUUUAGCAACACAAUUUACAACAACGUAGUCCACGGAUUAUACGGAUCUGCUAUGAACGACCUCCCCGAGCCUGGGAAGAGAGAGCUCGUCCGACAAGCCUGCAUCCAGGCGUUUGCGGAUGAGUUCAUCCAAGAGCUGCCACAAAAGUAUGACACCAGGGUCGGAGAACGCGGCGCCUUGUUGAGUGGAGGUCAAAAGCAGCGUGUUGCAAUUGCCAGGAGUGUUAUCGCCAACCCGCAGAUCCUGCUUCUUGACGAAGCUACCUCAGCCUUGGAUCCUACGGCUGAGAGGAAAGUGCAGGAUUCCCUCGACAAUUUCUCUAGACAACGGACUACAAUCAUAAUUGCGCAUAAACUUCCAACAGUCCAGAAGGCCGACAAGAUCGUCGUGCUUAGUCGGGGCGAGGUUGUAGAGCAGGGCACCCAUCAGCAGCUGCUUGAUCAAGGAGGAGCGUGUUACCAACUCGUCAAUGCUCAGACGCUCAAUACGGGAGAAGCAACAGCCGCACAAGGGCGUCUUGAGACAUAUGCGUCCUCAGAAGUUCCAUGUGGAGAUAAUAGCUCAGUCGGAAGCAUGGAGGAGGAACCGGCAGUCUUGUCCAAGUCUGCAACCAAGCAAUCCCACGAGGCCGCAGACCCAACAGAGAAUGAACGCGAGACCAAAGCUAAAGACAUGGACGGUUUUCGGAAGCUUUCCAUCGUGCAGUGCCUCAAAAUUAUCGUUUGGAAGGAGCACUGGCAUAUCUGGCCAAUCUGGUUCUCUGGCAUCAUUUCCUCGGCAGCUGGCGGUGGUCUCUUCCCCGCGCAGGCCGUCCUCUUCGGAUCCAGUCUUCCGGCACUGCAACUUCCUCCUGGUAACUACUUAGUAGAGCGCGGUAACUUCUGGGCACUGAUGUACUUCGUCUUCAACCUAGGUGUCUUUGUGUGCUACCUCGGCGUCGGGUUCUUCUGGACUGUGGCAUCGUUCCACACCACGCGCUUCUACCGCCGGGGAUACUUUGAUGCCAUGCUGCGGCAGGAUAUUGCAUUCUUUGACACCACGGCCACGAGGCUUCAGAACUUGCUGUCCACCAACCUCGCUCUCAUCAUCGUCAUCUUUGUUGACAUCAUCUCGUGCUUCGUUCUGGUAGUCGCCAUGGGAUGGCGCCUGGGCCUAGUCGUCAUUGCGGGCGGCAUGCCGACGCUUUUGGGUGCCGGCUUCUUCCGUCUGCGGCUCGAGAUGGCCAACGAGGACCGCGUGACCCAGACGCAUCUGGAAAGCGCUCGGUUCGCGGCUGAGGCUGUCGGAGCCAUUCGUCCCGUGUCCAGCUUGACGUUGGAGAAUAAAAUUCUGAACGGCUUUAAGGCUCGUCUUGAUGAGUGUGCCAGCCGGGAGCUGCGCAGCAAGAUGAUCACUAUGGUCGUUCAUGCAUUCGCUGAAAGUAUUAACAUGGCCGUGACGGGCCUGGCCUUCUGGUAUGGCGGGAAGCUGUUGUCUGAGGGUCGCUACGAUAUGCGAACGUUCUUCAUUGUCUUCAUGGCGGUGCUUAUGGGGUCGCAGUCGGGGGGUGUUCUAUUCGGCUUUUCAUCCAACGUUUCGAGAGCACACUCGGCGGCAAACCACAUCAUUGACUUGCGCACAUCGCAGCCUCCCAUUAACACCUCCUCGGGCCUUAAGGAACUGCCGGCGAGCAAGAACAGUCCGGCGGCCAUUGAGUUCCGCGACGUGACCUUCGCCUACCCCAGCCGACCCACUCGCUCCGUACUACACGGUCUUAAUCUCAAGAUCCUAAGGGGCCAGUCCGUUGGCAUCGUAGGCGCUUCGGGCUGUGGCAAAAGCAUCAUGGUUGCCCUUCUUGAGCGAUUUUACGACAUCAACUCAGGACAGCUCCUCGUUGAGGGCACUCCCCUCCGAGACCUGGACGUGCAGUUCCACCGCUCUCGCAUCGGCCUUGUGUCGCAAGAAACGGCGCUUUUUCAGGGCAGCAUUCGUGACAACAUUCUCGUUGGUCUUUCGGAUGAGGAAGCGGCGGCGCCCGAUGCAGACGAGCGCGUGGAGCGCGCGUGCUGCUCGGCCAACAUGCACGACUUUAUCAGCAGCUUGCCCGAAGUGUACGGAACCGACGUCGGAAACCACGGUAUCGCUCUCUCCGGAGGCCAGCGUCAGCGUCUCGCAAUCGCCCGUGCGCUUAUCCGCGAGCCAGAGGUGUUGCUGUUUGACAAAGCCACCAGCGCCUUGGACACUGCCAACGAGGCGCUGGUGCAGGCUGCCAUCGAGGCGGUCGCGCGAGAGAAGCCUGGCCGAACCACUAUUGCCGUUGCUCAUCGCCUUUCAACUAUACAGCGCUGCGACCGCAUCUUUGUGCUACACAGAGGCCAAGUGACUGAGGAGGGCACACAUGAGGAACUUUUCCACAGGGGGGGGAGGUAUUAUGAUAUGGUGUUAGCUCAGUCGCUGGAUAGAGAGGUUGCCACAGUUAUCUGA